AACGUGUGUCUUGCUCUGUUUUUAAGUUAUGUUUUGUUUUUGAUUAAGAAUUGCAUUAACCAUGCUGAGUGUGCAACAAAAUUGAAAAACUGCAUUAUCAAGUACAGAGUAUGAGUCUCAAAAAGACCGUGUUGUGCGUCGGUUGCACCGUAAUUGACUUUGUGACCAUCAACGCCAGCUUUCCGGAGGAGGACUCCGAUAGGCGCUGUCUCGAUGGCUAUUGGCAGCGCGGCGGCAAUGCCUCAAAUGUGUCAACGGUGUUGCAAGUGCUGGGUGCUCGAGUCGAGUUCUUUGGCAUGCUGAGUCGGGCGGAUGGCUUUCGAGUGCUGCUCGAGGACCUGCGAAAACGGGACAUUGGGGUGCGAUAUUGUCCGCAGACGGACAAGGAUCCUCCAUUUUCGUCUGUCAUACUGGCUCAGGACACUGGCUCACGCACUAUUGUGCACUGUAACAAGAAUUAUCCGUACGUGACAGCGGAAGAUUUUAAAAGGAUCGAUCUCAGCGCCUUCGGCUGGGUGCACUUCGAGGCACGCUGCCCCACGGAAACUAUUAAGAUGAUCCAAGCCGUGGUAGAUUAUAGAAGCAAGUGUGGCGAUGAGCUCAUUAUAUCGUUAGACUUCGAAACGCUAUAUGAGGAGAAUCUGAAUUUGUGCGAUUUGUGCGACUAUGUUGUGCUGUCCAAGGAUCUAGCACUCAAAAAGGGCUGGAAGGCAGCGCAGGAAGCUUGUCUAGGUCUAGAACGCGAUCUUAUUCAGCACCGACCGGCCAUCAUCUGUCCGUGGGGUAGCGACGGAGCGGGCUGUCUGGAUUCCAACAAGAACUAUCGCGAUAUGGGCGCCUAUAAGGCAAAUAAAAUUGUGGAUACUCUAGGGGCCGGCGACAGCUUUAUGGCUGGCUUUAUAUACGCCACAUUAUACCGGCUCUAUUCACUAUCCGAUGCCGUAGAUUUCGCCAACCAGGUGGCCAGCCAUAAGAUAACGAAUUUCGGCUACGAUCAUAUUACCGAAUUAAAAUAAAUGAAUGAACAAUGAACAUGGUAACAAAACUUCAUGUCGGAAAUAACUGCUUCCUAAAAAAUAAAAAUUUCCAAAAAUUACUGUGGAA